CAGGCCAAGCCGGGGAGCUGCAGAGAAGGCCCUCCUGCGUUGUAAAUGAAGCCUGCUGACACCUUCCCCGAGUAGCAUUCUCGACGCCCCGCUCCCCUUUCUAAGGUCAUGGAUCCUGAACAAAGCCAGAAGAGCACAAAGAAGGGUGAGGAAGGUCUGAGGAAGAGGCUGGUGAAAGGCGAGGCUUUCCAAGGCAGCGUCUCGUCCGCGGCGACAUAUCCGAGCGGUUCCGCGAAGGACGUUGCAGCGCAGCAGCGAUUUCCCAGGGAGGAGGCCCAGGAGAAGGCGGGACAAACGCAAGCCAAGCAUUCCUCUUUCGAACACCCAUCCCACCUUACCCAGCUUCAGCAGCUGCCUCUGUCGCCAGCAUACAUGCCCCCCCGGAAACAGGAACACGUCCUUGAGGGCACCACUUGGCAGCUAGUUGAUCCACCACGGGCGGUUCCCUCUAGUUCAUUUCCAUCCUCUGGCCCUCAUGCCAGCCACAGCCGGAUCUUACCAUCCCGCUCCUCCAUCCAUCCUGAAGAGGACAUGCCCUCUGUUCAAAAGGUCUACGCCCCUCGUGCUUCGCAGGUGUCCUUAAAACCCUCUGAAGAAGGGCACAAGAAAGAAAAGAAACCCCAGAAACCGGGCAAGUACAUUUGCCAGUACUGCAGCCGGCCUUGCGCCAAGCCCAGCGUCCUCCAGAAACACAUCCGGUCCCACACAGGGGAGAGGCCCUACCCAUGCAUUCCGUGCGGCUUCUCCUUCAAAACCAAGAGCAAUCUGUAUAAGCACCGGAAGUCUCACGCUCACCGAAUCAAGGCUGGUCUGUCUUCGGGGGCUGGCACAGAGUUGUAUCCUUCCAGCUUAGAAAUGGAGAAGAUGGUCGGGGAGGAAUUUGAAGAGCCUACCGAAGGGGAAAGCACGGAUUCUGAAGAGGAGACCAAGAGCGCCCCUGGCCACCUGGUGGAACUGUCACCCAGGCAAAAGCAAACGAUGUUGUACGGGGCAGGAAGCCAGGGCUCUAGCCAGGAGAGCUGCUCUUUUUCCCAGUCAAGCAUGUCCCAGUCUCUUGACGACAGCAGCCAGUUUUUGGAGCCAGCUUUGGAGCAUGCUCAAAGUCAUAAAUCAGAAGAAACCCACACUAUCAAACAGAAGCUGGCUCUCCGGCUGAGUGAAAGGAAGAAGGUGAUUGAGGAGCAGGCUUUCCUUAGUCCCGGCAGUAAAGGCAGCACCGAAUCGGGCUAUUUCUCCAGGUCCGAGAGCGCCGAGCAGCAAAUCAGCCCGCCAAACACCAAUGCAAAAUCUUAUGCCGAGAUUAUUUUUGGCAAAUGCGGGAGGAUUGGCCAACGGAGCGCCAUGUUAGCCGCAGCCGCCACCCAGGAAUUUCCCCAGGUGUCGGCCGAAGAGAAACCGAGCACGGUCCCUCUGUCUGUGCCUAGAACGCAGGUCAUUGAACAUAUCACCAAGCUGAUAACGAUUAACGAAGCCGUUGUGGAUACCAGUGAAAUCGAUAGCGUGAAGCCGAGGCGAAGUUCUUUGUCUCGACGCAGCAGUAUCGAAUCCCCCAAGUCUGGCGUGUACCGAGAGCCCUUUCAAUUAGAAAUCAAACCCGGCGGCCAACUCGAUUCGUCCAAGCCGUUGACGGCCCAUGUAGAGAAGAUGAAGCCUGAACAAUCAUUGCUAUCACUCCAGCAAUCCCACAGUGCCACAGAGACCGUGCCUCUCCUACGGAGCCACUCCAUGCCUUCAGCUGCGUGCACGAUGAGUUCCCCGCACACCUUUCGAGGGAGUUACUCUUUUGACGACCACGUCGCCGAGUCGGAGGUCUCAAGCCGCAGCCAGGUGUCUUCCCACCCGCGAAUGCUGAAACGGCAGCCCGCCAUUGAGCUGCCGUUGGGGAUGGAGUACAGUUCGGAGGAGGUCAGCCCCGCGAGCAAAGAAAGCGUCUCCAAACCGACGGAGGAGCAAGAGACCAAGGAGGGUGAGCUUACCAAAAAGUCAAGGAAAGGCACAAAAGCCAAAGGCUUUAUGUAUGAAUGUAAUGUCUGCGGGGCUCGGUACAAGAAACGGGAUAAUUACGAGGCCCACAAAAAGUAUUAUUGUUCAGAACUCCAGAUUGCCAAGCCUCGUGCUUCCAGUUCUCAUCCCUCCUCGGAAGCGGAGAAAGGUUUCAUGGAAUCCGAUCCCUGGCCGCAGAUGAUGCAUUAUAAGCUGGGAGCUAGUUUAGAGCUUACUCCGCUCAGGAAGAGGCGUAAAGAAAAGAGUCUUGGGGAUGAUGAGGACCCCCCAGCUUUUGAGUUGACUGAAACCUCCUCCUCCAGUGCUGGCCGAGUUGCUCAGUUUAGUGGCUUAAAAUCCACGGAUGUGGCCUUGACCCUCAUGCCUGAGUCCAUUAAGCCACCAGCAGAUCCCAGUCAAUCCGUGCCACUUUCUGACAUCAGUGUAAGUUUUCACCCCAGGGCUACAAAACCAUCUUUUGGUACAGAAAGCAAGGAUAGGAGAACAACCUCGAAGGAGAUCUCUGUCAUCCAACACACGAGCUCCUUCGAGAAGUCGGAUUCCAUAGAACAGCUGAGUGGUUUAGAAGGAGAGGAAAAGCUGCUGUUGCCAUAUGCAUCACAACCGGCAACCCAGCAUGGCCGGACACCUCAUUCCCUGCAGCCAAAGCUUGUGCGACAACCCAACAUCCAAGUCCCUGAGAUUCUGGUCACUGAAGAGCCCGACAGGCCAGAAAUGGAGCCCGAGCCUCCCCCGAAAGAGCCAGAAAAGACCGAGGAGUUUCAGUGGCCACAGAGGAGCCAGUCUCUCUCCCAACUUCCUGCGGAGAAACUGCCACCCAAAAAGAAGAGGCUACGGCUAGCAGAAAUGGCUCAGUCUUCUGGAGAGUCCAGUUUUGAGUCGGUCAGAAGCCCAAGCCAGGAAAGCAACAUCUCCCAUGCUUCCAGCCGCUCAACGUCGUUUGAGCGAGAGGAAGCCGUGUCCCAGCCCUCAGAAUCCCACACGAAGCCUCUUGGCCUCGGCCCACAUAUGUUAAUGGUGCCAAGCCACCACCACCACCACCACCACCCUUCCCGAGAAAUGCGGAGAUCUGCCUCCGAGCAGACGCCCAACGUCUCCCACUCCUCUCCGAUGUCGGAGACCCGUAGCAAGUCGUUUGACUACGGGAGCUUAUCGUCCUCUCCUGCGUCCGCGUCCCACCCUCCAACAACAUCGCCGCCGCCGCCGCCACCACCACUGGAGAGGAGGAAGUGUUUUCUGGUCCGACAGGCAUCUCUCACCAGGCAUCCGGAGCAUGAACCGGACUCGGCCCCUAAAGGAGGGACAGAGACAGAAGAAUCGCUGCAGCCUUCCAGCAAAUCUGCCGCGAGCCAGCCCCAUCAGCAGCCGCCUUCCUCUUCCUCUUCUUCUUUCUCCUCCUCCUCUUCUUCUCACAGGAGCUACCCAGCUGACAAAGGCCAGCCAAAAGACUGCUCCGAGCCCACCUACCCCCAUCCCUACACUGAAGCUCUGCAAGUGUUCCACCACCCUGCCCCGCAGCUGACCCUUCACGAAAAGCAGUACAUGACCCCGCAGAUCUCUCUCUUGCCAUUCCAGCACCUUUUGCCGCCAUCGGGACAGUCCGUUGAGCUGUUCUCCACCCAGGCUUUGGCGGACAUUUUCUCGGCUCAGUAUUCCAUUCCGCAGAUACCUCACUCCAUCUUUCAGAGCGCGGAUCUCCCUCUGCAGGACGCUUUGCUGCACCCGGGCCAACUCCACAUCGCCCCUCCGCUGAUGUCACACCCAGGCGAUGUGGCACUCAGGCAGAGCCCGUCUCUUUUCCCCGUACACUACCCAGGCUCCCCGACGCUCCCUUCCGCCUUUUUUCUGCCUCUCCAGUCCCAGCUUGCUCUCCAGUUGCCAAGUGAGAUUGGUGCCCAUUUGCCCCAGCUCAAAUCCAGCCUCUCUCCGCCAACAGGAAGCCCCGGUUUCUCCCCAUCCAUAGACUAUGGCUCAGAGAGCCGAUUGCAUAUUCUGACCCGGCCAAACAGUCCCUCUGCCUCUGUCUCCAUCUCUCAGCUGGUGGUGCCCGCAUGCUCUGAGCCUGUGGUGUCCCUUGUCGUCCCGGUCCGCAUUCAAACGAACAUGCCAUCCUACGGGAGCGCGAUGUACACCACCCUCUCUCAAAUCCUGGUCACUCAGUCUCACUGCAGUGCCUCUUCCAUCAUCCUGCCGAAAUUUGAUGAUUAUCAGGCCAAGGGGACCUUGGUCUGCACUGCUAACGUUCACGGAAUCGGUCUCGAUUUGGCCCAGAUGAUCACCGAGGAGCAGAAGUCCUUGUUCCAGACUCCCUACCUGAGACUGCCGCUAUCCCUGUCGGAAAGGAAAAGUUACAUUCCCCUGGGCUCUGCCUCCGAAAGCAUCUUGGGUCUUGAAGGGAGUCCCUCCACGGCCGGAGGGAGCAAGCGGAUGCUGUCUCCGGCCGGGAGUUUGGAGCUCACGAUGGAAACCCAGCAGCAGAAACGAGUGAAGGAAGAAGAAUUCUCCGAAACAGAGGAGAAGUUGGAAAUCGUGGCGACACCCAGUGCAAUAGUGGAAGGGAAGAAGUACAACCAAAGGACCGCCAAGGCAGAAAGGACCCCCGACAUAUCGCCUGAACCCUCGGAGCCACAGGAAGCCCGGGGUGCUUUACGGCCUGACUUGCUGCAGUCUGAGGCCUCGAGCUUUGAGGCGCCAGAGGAAUAUGAGCAGCUGGCUGGCAAGCAGCUCCGAAGCGAGGACUCCCCUCAGGUGGUAAAGAAGGAAGACUCCAAAGAGCCGGCGGAACCCUCUGCGGCAAGCCCUCCCAGCACAGCCGUCUCCUCCGAGGCUGCUCAAAGUUCAAAGAAGCCGCGAGACGGUAGAGAUGUUAAGAAGGUACUUCAGUUCCCCAGUCUCCAUACAACUACUAAUGUCAGUUGGUGCUAUUUAAAUUACAUAAAGCCAAAUCACAUCCAGCAAGUUGACCGAAGGUCUUCGGUGUACGCCAGUUGGUGCGUUAGUUUGUAUAAUCCCAACCUCCCCGGUAUAUCCACUAAAGCAGCCCUCUCACUCCUGCACUCCAAGCAAAAGGUGAGCAAAGAGACCUACACCAUGGCUACUGCUCUACGUCCAGAGGCAGGGAGGCUUGUGCCCUCAAGUUCCAGGAAUCCCAAAAUGUCCGAGGUUCAUCUGCCUUCACCCCUUCCCAGUGAAAGUCGGAAAGAUGUAAUGAGGACCGAUAAGGAAGAGGAUAAAAGAGGGAAAGUGGAAGACGACAUUCCUGUUUCCAAAAGAGGGGAGCCAGCCAGGAUCAAGAUCUUUGAAGGAGGGUACAAAUCAAACGAAGAGUAUGUGUAUGUGCGAGGCCGUGGACGAGGGAAGUAUGUAUGUGAGGAGUGUGGAAUUCGCUGCAAGAAACCCAGCAUGCUGAAGAAACACAUUCGCACGCACACAGACGUCAGGCCAUAUGUGUGCAAGUACUGUAACUUUGCUUUUAAAACCAAAGGGAAUCUGACUAAACAUAUGAAAUCGAAAGCCCACAGCAAAAAAUGUCAGGAGAUGGGUGUGCUGGUGUCUUCACUGGUGGAGCUAGAAAAGGAAGAAGGAACCAGUGAAGAUCUCUUCCAAGAUUCAGAAGGCCAGGAGGGAUCUGAGCUCCUUGAAGAACACCAGUUUUCAGACUUGGAAGAGUCUGAUGAAGACGAUGACAAUGAUGAAGAAGAAGAAGAGGAGGAGGAGGAAGAGGAGGAAGAGGAGGAGGAGGAAAGCCAAGAGGAGCCACCUGUAAAGCUUUCAGAAAUGAAGAACACCUCCUUCCCAGGGCAUUCUCCAAGAUGUUCUCCCUCUGCCCAAGAGAAAGGCGCUAGGACAGUCUUGUCCAUAUCGGAAGAUGUUGUCUCUAGCAGUGAGCAUAUUGUUCAAAGUCACCAGACCACAUCCUUGGGGCCAGAAAUGAAAUGGUCAGCUGACAGCAGUGAAGUUGCUGUCUGCCACAGCUUCUUAAGACUUCAUCGGCCAGUUUUGACCUCCAGUGUGCUACUAGCUUCUACUGAGAAGGAAUCAGUCACAAGGCCACAGAUGCUCUUAGCAAUGGACUUGUCCAUCUCCAAAGACACCUCUCCUAGAAGGAAGUGGUCCCCAAGCAAGGAUUCCAGCAUUGGCACUGGUGGUGGUAACAGAUCGAUACUGGCUCGAAAGCACCUGUUAACCAAAAAUGAAACUUCACCGAAAAGGUUUCCACCUACUGGAGAAACAUCUUCACUGAGGAGCCUCUCUCCAGGGCUGGGAAUGUCCUGUCACCGAAUGUCUCCAAGGAGAGAGGCAGUUUCCCUCCAUAGUUUGGCCGCAAGACUUGAGCUCUCACCAAGCAGGUACAUUUCUCCGAGAAGAGAGCUGUCAUCAUCGCGAAUAUACCUUCCAUCAGAGAGAAGGGUCUCCCCCGUGAGACGUGUGUCUCCAAGCAGGGAAGUGUCCUCGUCCAGAUACUUAUCCAUGAAGAAGACGUUGUCGCAGAGCUAUUCAGAGCCACCUUCACGGUACCCGUCCCCAGGGAGAGAGGAGUUGCCUUCUCGGAGCCAAUCGGCAGCUGAUGAAAAAGUUCAAAGCUCGUGCAGAACUCAGCAUGGAAUAUCGUCUUCAGUGCCUCUACCUCACAGGUCCCCCAGCAAAAACAUGGAGCUGUAUGAAGAACCUAAACUGAAGACAGAAUCCAGGAGCCCUAGAAGUUCACCGGGCAUCGCUCAGCAUCUCUGUGUACGACCUUUGCAAUCGCCCCAUGAGAUACACGUCCAUGCUCCAAGCCGAGUGGAAGACUAUAUCUUCAGUCAUCUCCCAUUGCACUCCCAGCAGCUACCCAGGAGCCCGUGCCCUAUGAUCCCAAUUGGGGGCAUCCAGAUGGUCCAGGCUAGACCCAGCAGCCACCCCAGCUUGGGGCACAGGUCAGUGAUGUCCCUGCAAGCCAGCUACUUUGCACCGGGCGGUCCCUUCUCCGAAUUCAGCCAAACUAAAGAAAGGGGCGGAGAGGCCAAAGACCUCCACGACACUCCUUCAUCAUCAGCAACCCCACCGCUUCAGAGCAGCAGCUACUCGGAAGAGAAAGUUAGGACUAGCGAGCGUCGGCAAAAGGCAGCCAAGGAGGAGGAAUACAGGGUAAAAACAUGUGCCGAACCUGGCGGCUCGGAGCCGGAAACCCGUGCGGGCCCCCGAGAGAGUUCCUGCCCAAGGGAAGAGCCCUCUCUUGAGCCUUUGGCCAGCAGGGAAGAACUCUCAGGCGUGAAGGGGAAGAAAAAGCGCAGCAGCCGAAGCACCUCUUUUGAACCCACCUGCACUUUCCCCUCAGAAUUCCCCACGCAGACGCUGGACAGGAGCAGCAGCACCGGCUGCUUGUUGGAGCCCGCAUCCAGCCAGUCCUCCGGCCCGCUCUCCGUCAGGAGAAGGAACCUCUCAGGAGAGCCAGCCCCGCAAGGGGGGGCGCAUAGGAGGAGAAGCCCGCCCUUGGAGCAAGCAGGCUUCGGCCUACCAGAAAGGCAAGUGGAUAACCAUCCAAGAAGUACUUGAACCCGCCCGCCAUCUUUUGUCGCCGGCUUCCCAAGUCAAACGAGAACAGACCUUGGUCACCGCUCUUGGUUUUAGAAUCAUCGUUGCUAAAGGAACGACUCUCUAGAAUAUGACCAACCCACAGACACUGUUGCCGUUUUGUUUGGUUUUAUUCCCCCCCCCCACUUCCUCUUCGUUUCAGUCUGGUAUUAUUUCCACAUGUUACCUGUGCCUUUUUCUAUGCCUUUUUUGUGUUGUCAUUGUCGUUGCUUGAAAUACACAAACACAUAGAAGCUAUGGUU